CCAAAAGGGCAAGAUGCUUGUCCUUUUUGAAGCUGGACCCACUUCCAGAUAAUGUUCCCUAGUUCUUGGCUUCACCACCUUAUAAUCAAAAUCCUUCUUAUUUGUCCCUUUCCAUAUUGGGAUUGGCUGUCAGUCAUAUGGAAGUUGCACAUUCUCAAGGCAUCAAGUUGACCUUUCAGGUUAAACAUUUUCUGGGUUAUUGUUCUUAUCAUCUGAGAUAGGCUGUAUUUUUGCCAUGCAGAAGCAAAAAUGGUGGGGUUUACUCUAAUUUAUCAGUUCAGCUGCCAGAUUGGAAUUAAGUUUUGGCAGUUAGGAAAUUAGAAAUGGACUGAUAUCCAACUUGUGGAGCUCCUCAUAAUAGCCAGCAGAGCUCAUUAAUUAGAGAGUUAAGAUUGACAGUGGGCCAGUUCUUUUUGCUCUUCUGUUACAGUUUUUGCAGCUUUAACCUUGUUUGUGUCGCUUUCAGGCUGUUAAGUGUUAACGGUUUUCCCCCUCUGAAUUGGAGAACUUACAUUACCUCUCGGGAGCAAAAAACAUGGGCCACUUGUUAUACUCGUGGUUGCUGUAUCCCUUAGCUUGACAAUUGCGUUGGAAUUCUGCUUAUCUCCAACCUUCUUUGGUUUUCGGCAGCUGUCCCUCUCCCUCGUCUGAAAAUUCUGUGAACCUGUUAACACAGAUACCCAUAUUCCGAGCGUUAGCUUGCUGGACUUGUCUGUGCGUUAACUCUCACAUGCAUUAUGUGGGAUUCAUGUCGGAAUAAUCAUCAUUCAAUAAGCCUCUGUUGACUGCUGCAGGAGGGUUCUGGGUCAGUCUGCAAUUCCCCUUUGGCUCGCUCAUCCCUUGAGUUAGUUUUCCUGUCAUGGAGCAGUGGAAGAAGAGGGCAAGAGGGUAUUGGAAACCCUUGGUUUCUGGCUAUAGAUGUUUGGAAAGAUAAGAGUUUUCUAUCUUCAGUACCCAUAUGAUUGUCAGGGUAGGCCUCGUGGUCGCAGCUUCGAUUGCAGCCUAUGCUGUUAAGCAGAAAGCUUCAGAAAAUGGUAAGCGUCGAAGCAAACAUAAUGGCAGAGAGCAGAUUCCUUAUCCAGAUGGUAACAUCAAGGAGAAGGAAGAAGAAGAAGAGAAAGAGGAGGUUAAAUUGAUCAACAGCAUAUCAAAUGGUGUUCAUGGUGGUAUGCCACCUGGUAUGGACGAUGAAGAUGACAUUUUACCUGAAUUCGAGGAUUUCUUAUCAGGGGAGAUCGAGUAUUCAUUACCAAGUGACAAGUUCGAUUUGUCUGAGGAAAAAAACAAGGUCUAUGAAAGUGAGAUGGCAAACCAUGCCAGCGAACUCGAACGCCUUCGCAAGUUAGUCAAUGAACUGGAAGAAAGAGAAGUGAAACUUGAAGGUGAGCUGUUGGAGUACUAUGGCUUAAAGGAGCAAGAAUCAGACAUUGUUGAAUUGCAGAGGCAGUUAAAAAUUAAGACUGUGGAGGUUGACAUGUUGAACAUAACCAUUAACUCGCUUCAAUCUGAAAAGAAGAGACUUCAGGAUGAACUUGCACAAGGUGGAGGAUCUGCAAGGAAAGAGCUGGAAGCUGCAAGGAAGAAAAUCAGAGAGCUUCAGAGACAGAUACAGCUGGAUUCUAACCAGACAAAGGGACAGCUAUUGUUGCUGAAACAACAGGUUUUGGGUCUACAGGCGAAAGAGGAAGAAGCUGUAAGGAAAGGUGUUGAGGUUGAAAAGAAGAUGAAGGUUGUGAAGGAACUAGAGAUGGAGAAUGAGCUAGUGGCAAAUGCAAGGGAGGAAGUCAGCAAUAUUCGGCAUGCAAAUGAAGACCUACUGAAGCAAGUGGAAGGACUUCAAAUGAACAGGUUCAGUGAAGUCGAAGAGCUAGUCUAUCUCCGCUGGGUCAAUGCAUGCUUGAGAUAUGAGCUCCGCAACUACCAAGCACCCCCUGGAAAAGUUUCAGCCCGCGAUCUCAGCAAAAACUUAAGCCCCAAGUCACAAGAAAGGGCCAAGCAGCUAAUGCUAGACUAUGCCGGAUCAGAACGUGGCGGCCAAGGUGGUGACACUGACAUGGAAAGCAACUUCUCCCAGCCAUCUUCCCCUGGAAGCGAAGAUUUCGACAAUGCCUCCAUGGACAGUUCCUUUAGCAGGUACAGCAGUCUCAGUAGGAAGCCAAGUUUGAUGCAGAAGCUGAAGAAAUGGGGAAGCAGGGGCAAAGAUGAUUCAAGCGGUUUUUCAUCGCCUGCCAGGUCUCUAACUGGCUCCCCAAGCAUGAGCUUCAAGCCUAGGGGGCCACUAGAAGCAUUAAUGCUGAGAAAUGCAGGGGAUAAUAUGGCCAUUACUACAUUUGGGAAGAUGGAUCAAGAUGCUGCUCCUGACUCUCCGGAAACCUUAAAUCUUCCUCCCAUAAAAACACAGGCCUCUCAGACCGAUUCUCUAAACUCUGUUGCUUCAUCGUUCCAGUUAAUGUCAAAGUCUGUUCAUGGAGUCAUGGAUGAGAAGUACCCGGCUUACAAAGACCGGCAUAAGUUGGCACUGGAGAGGGAGAAGCAUAUCAAGGAAAGAGCUGAGCAAGCUAGGGCUGUGAAGUUUGGUAAUACAACACAGUUUGACUCCUCCAGAGGGAAGGGGGCUAGACCUGUAAAUCUGCCAUCACAACUAGCUCGUCUGAAAGAGAAACCGCUUGUUACUGGUGAGUCAAAGGAGGAGCAGUCAGCGGAUGGGAAGUCCACUGACUCUCCAGUUGUCAGCAAGAUUCAACUUGCUGACAUUGAGAAGAGGCCUCCUAGAGUGCCUAGGCCGCCACCUAAACAGUCUGGAGGUUCUUCUCUAUCUGGUGGAGUGCCUAGUGCUCCACCGCGUGGCCCAGGUGGACCACCACCACCACCACCUCCUCCUCCUGGAGGUGCAGGUGGGCCGCCUCCACCACCUCCGCCACCUGGAAGCUUGCCGAGAGGUGGGGGAGGGAGUAAAGUUCACAGGGCACCUGAGCUGGUGGAAUUCUAUCAGUCAUUGAUGAAGAGGGAGGCAAAGAAGGAUACAACGUCAUUGAUUUCUUCAUCAACAGGCAAUGCUUCGGAUGCUAGAAGCAAUAUGAUUGGGGAGAUUGAGAACAGGUCAUCAUUCCUCAUGGCUGUUAAAGCUGACGUGGAAACUCAAGGCGAAUUUGUGGAGUCAUUGGCAAGUGAAGUCAGGGCAUCCUCUUUUACCAACAUAAAUGACUUGUUAGCAUUUGUGAAUUGGUUAGAUGAGGAACUCUCCUUCUUGGUGGAUGAACGGGCAGUCCUGAAGCACUUUGAGUGGCCUGAAAGCAAGGCUGACGCGUUGAGAGAGGCAGCAUUCGAGUACCAGGACUUGAUGAAGUUGGAGAAGCAUGUAACAUCGUUUGAGGAUGAUCCUAGUCUCCAAUGUGAGGCUGCUCUCAAGAAGAUGUACAAACUGCUGGAGAAGGUGGAGAAUAGUGUGUAUGCACUUCUGCGAACAAGGGACAUGGCAAUGUCACGGUACAAGGAGUUUGGGAUCCCAGUUGAUUGGCUGCAAGACUCUGGAGUUGUUGGCAAGAUCAAGCUAUCCUCAGUUCAGUUGGCAAGAAAGUACAUGAAACGUGUUUCGGAGGAGCUCGAUGUCAUGACCGGACCUGAGAAGGAACCCAACAGAGAGUUCUUGCUGCUGCAAGGCGUGCGCUUUGCUUUCCGUGUUCAUCAGUUUGCUGGAGGGUUUGACGCUGAGAGCAUGAGGGCUUUUGAAGAGUUGAGGAGUCGUGUAAAUUCCAAGGGCGAAAAUGAUGGGAGUAAUGAUUUAGAAGUAGCAGCAGAACAGUGAUUGAUAUCAUAUGGCUUCUUCAGGUUUCUUCUGGGAAUGUAUAUGGUGUGUAUAUCUAUUUGUCAACUGCAUAUUGCAAAGUUCAAAGGAAAGGAAAAGAAUAAGAGAUUGAUCGAUAACCCUUUUGUUUUCUUUAUAUUCUGUCUGGUGCUUUUUCUUUUAUUAUUUUGCAGCUGGGUCGCCCUGAUACUAUACUACACAAAGGAAGAGGAAAAAGAAAGCAGCUCUUCUUUCCAGUCCCACUUCUUACUGAGAAACCAAAAUCAAGAAACCAGGAACUACUAUAGGAAAGAAAAAAGCCCAUAAAAAAAACUCAGGCACAGGAUGAUUACAUAUGAAAAGAGGGAAUUUGGAAAUCCACCGCAAAAAUUCAAGUUCAAGGCCACCCGCCGCCGGCAGAAAGGGAUUUCCCAAAUCACUACUGAAUCCGCCCUCCGACAAACAAAGGCUCCCCGAAAACGCUGCGUUUCGUUUAUUCCGCUACCUGGAUCUGAUUCCCUCGGCUGUCGUAAAAUAUGACGCCGGAGAACUCCGGCAGCUGACACUUCUCCCCUCUCAAAAUCGAUUUCUGCCACAACCCGCCUUCCCCGAACCCUCCCGUCGCCACCUUCGCCCCGAUCUUCCCCUUCUUCUCACACCCUCCUCCGCCGCCGCCGCUGCUGCCGUCCCUCCUCCUGCUGCUCGCGCUCAAGUCCUUGCUGUUCUUCCGAUGCGGCGCCCCCGGCGGCGAGAUCUUCUCCCUUUUCUUCUCCGCCGCGGGCUGCGGCGGGGGAGUCGAGGAAGGAAGGGGCACCUGAGCGCUGACGUCGACCCUAAUCUCGUGGGCGUGAUCGUCCCCGCCUCUCUUCUUCUGGGUCGCCGACGGAUUGAUCUUGUUCCGGCUGAUUGUCCUGUUCAUUAGCUUCUUCGUAGUUGUUCUGUCCGUCGUUGAAUUCGAAUUCGGCUUCUCUUUCGCCGGCUGGUGGGCGCACAAUGCCACCAGAGCGACCACCGCCACGAACAACCCGAUGGAUACCGGCGUGGACGGCCAGGACCCGAACCCGUGACCCGCAGCCAUCAACCCGUGCUCAAUUAGGCGCAGCCGUGCCAUAUUAUCUCCUCUGUCUGGAAACUAAACCGAAAAUGGAGAAAACCCAGAAGGCUAACUGAACAUAGGAAUGAUGAUAGGCUGUUGUUUGAUUGCCGAUUGAUUCUGCUGCGAGAAGCGAUUGGAGAGCAAAUACUUAUAGUGACUGUGACACAUUGAUGAACAGAAGAUGCCAGGGGGAGAUGGCAGAAGGGGCAGAGAACUGGAUUUCUUUGGACAUGAUAAUUAGUUUAAAAUCUUGACUAACGUUUUGUUGGUAAUGGAAGGAGGUGAGAUGAAUGGAGAUGAUUAGAAGAAUUCCAAAAACACUUUGGGAGAAUGAUCAGCAGUGCCUUGCCUUGUUUGUUUGUACUAGUACUUGUUUUAAACAUAUUCUGGAAUUUUUUGUGGGUAGUGAGAAUUCGGAAUAUGGGAAAUGUACAAAAGAGGAUUUUGCCUUGGAAU